GUCUACUUUGCUCCAUUAAUUCACUUGGGAUGCGGACCGGCCGAUGCUCAGAAUUUUGGACAUUUUGACCACUUUCAACAACGAACUCUGUUUAGCCAGAAUUUAGACGUGCCUCUGCCGAGAAUCUCAAAAGAUCCCUUGGAGAUGUGAUGAAUUCCUUUCUGCUGCUGCUGCGGACCUGAGGCCGGAUCUUCUCUCACGUCCGUGGGCGACGCUGCUGUAAGGGAAUGCGGCGAGACUUUUCUACGUAAAAUCAAAAACGACACUAUGAAGGAGAAAUCGAAAAAUGCUGCCCGGACUCGACGGGAAAAGGAGAACAGUGAAUUUUAUGAAUUGGCCAAACUGUUGCCGCUCCCCUCGGCCAUCACAUCCCAGCUGGAUAAAGCCUCCAUCAUCCGCUUGACGACAAGCUACCUCAAAAUGAGAAUAGUUUUUCCUGAAGGCCUUGGUGAGUCAUGGGGCCAUGUGAGCCGGAGCUCUCUAGAUGGGGUCAGCCAGGAAUUGGGUUCACACCUUCUACAGACAUUGGAUGGCUUUAUUUUUGUGGUUGCUCCAGAUGGGAAAAUAAUGUACAUAUCGGAAACAGCCUCGGUCCAUUUGGGUCUGUCUCAGGUUGGUUUAACAAAGGUAGAGUUGACAGGAAACAGCAUCUUUGAAUACAUUCAUCCUGCAGACCAUGAUGAAAUGACAGCAGUCCUCACAGCACACCAGCCUUACCAUUCACACUUUGUCCAAGAAUAUGAGAUGGAGCGCUCAUUCUUUCUGAGAAUGAAAUGUGUCCUUGCUAAAAGGAAUGCUGGGCUCACAUGUGGCGGUUACAAGGUGAUUCACUGCAGUGGCUACUUGAAAAUCCGCCAGUACAGCUUGGACAUGUCCCCAUUUGACGGCUGCUAUCAGAACGUUGGGCUGGUGGCAGUCGGUCACUCGUUACCACCCAGUGCGGUCACGGAGAUCAAACUGCAUAGCAACAUGUUCAUGUUUAGAGCCAGUCUGGACAUGAAGCUCAUCUUCCUCGACUCGCGGGUUGCAGAGCUUACAGGCUAUGAGCCACAAGAUCUCAUAGAGAAGACCCUCUAUCAUCAUGUCCACAGCUGUGACUCCUUCCAUCUGCGCUGUGCACAUCAUUUGCUUCUUGUGAAAGGGCAAGUCACCACUCGGUACUAUCGUUUCUUGGCCAAACAUGGUGGCUGGGUGUGGGUUCAGAGUUACGCAACCAUCGUACACAACAGUCGCUCCUCCAGACCGCACUGCAUCGUCAGCGUCAACUACGUCCUCACGGAGACAGAGUAUAAAGGCUUCCAGCUCUCUCUGGAUCAGGUCAUGUCCAAGGCCUCUUUCCCUUUUAGCAGCAAUACAGUGAGCAGUCUUAGCGAGACAGGUAGAGCCAAUAAGAGCAGGUUAUCUCGCCCUAAAACCAAAGCAAGACUUUCCCCCUACAGUCAGUAUCCAAGUUUUCAGACAGAGCGGUCAGAUUCAGAUCAGGACAGUCCCUGGAGGGGAAGCCCUCUUACUGACACAGCCUCCCCACAGAUGCUAGAGACAAAUGAAGGCAUGGAUACCUCCUGCGUGUACAAGCAGUUUGCUGAUCCUGGUCCGCUGUGCUACAGUGUGUCUGAAGAGCAGCAUCGUACUGGCGAUGGUCACAAACAAGUCCAUGUGCAUGCUCAAAGUCAAAAUUGUGAGAGGGGUCGAUGUGAGGCAGGGCGAUAUUUCCUUGGAGCGCCUCCUGGCAGUAUGCCACAUAUUGCAGCAGUCCACAGUUACAAUGGUCGGAAUCAUUGGGAUGAGGACAGUCUGGUGAGCUCUUCAGAUCGAAAAUCCACCAGUGAUUCAGGAGAUCGCCAGCGAACUGACCAGUUCAGUGUGAGCCCACAGGAACCCAGAAAAAUGGAAUCACUAAUACGAGCAACACAAUAUAUGAUUAAGGAGGAAGAAAGUCGGCUUCAGCUCCGAAAGGUUCAUCCAGACACUCCACUGGGCCAGCUCAACGGACUGUUAAACACCGGCGGUCACCGCUGUACCUCAGAGUAUACUCAAAAGCCAAUACAGGCUGUGGUGUGUCGCGGUUUGAGUCAUGUGAUUAGCCCGGUGCACAGCCCCGCCCAAUUGUCAAGGGUAAGUCCAGGGUCCGAAAGCCUCACCAAGUCCAAAGACUACCUCCAGUCAGACCCGGGCACACGUUCUUUUCAAUUACAUUACCCAUUUGGUCGACCAGGCCCAUGUUCAGAUUCUCCCACCCCAGCGCCAGCUCUGUAUCCACCCCACUCCCACUUUCGGCCAUACUUGGAAAAGCAUACUCCCUAUCCCCUGACAGGCUAUGCUCUUGAAAACCUCUAUGACCAGGAGAGUCUCCGAGGCUACUGCACCUCUGCCAGCACGGACACGACCCCUCACCUCCGCAUGCCGGCAGAACAGACACCCGGUCACAAAGGCACCUCUGUCAUUAUCAGCAAUGGCAGCUAACACUCAUUUUACACAUGCACUGGGAUUUAUGUCAAUAAGCCCUUGUGACUGGCUAGUUAGCCCACAUAAAACAUCACUGUUUUAAUUCUUGGUUCCCUAUGCGUAUCAUGUUGAAGAUUUGGUCCUAGUAGGCCACUUGUAACAUUUGAGAGGUGUACAUCUCUUACACUAUGUUAUUACCUAAUCUUAGGAUUUGCCUAAUUAUCACAAUAAUAAUAAUCAAUAUGCGAACAAUAAGAUCUCAUACGUGACUGUUAGACUGCACAUUUGAGGCCCUCCGCACACAGAGCGACACGACCGAAUGACAAUAAACUCUAGCACACUGUAUGAGAAUCUGAAAGUAGUUUUAAUGAAUGGUAGAAUGUUGGCUACCAGUUUUGUUAUGAAUUCAAAUCUAAAUUGCAGGUGAACAGUAUUGCAAUCUCUCUGAUUUAAUGGCCAAAAAAAAAAAAAAACGCUAAAUUGUUUCACAUCAUCUUGAAAAAAGACAUUUCACGGUAUGAAGUGUCAGCCAACAGGCCAAUAACGAUACAGUAAAACAGUAAAUGUUGUGUGUAAUUUUAUUUAUAAUUCCAUAUGUAUCUGUGGUUAAAAAUUGAAGUGUGGCGAGUCACCUAAAAUGUGCUAGUGCAGCCAAUAGCCUCUCAGAUAUUCAUAAUAUCCACUACAGCAUCCAGGGCAAUAUGAUUCUUCCUUAAUAAUCCCACCGUGUUGAUAUAGUAUGAUAUAGUCCCAGUUAUGAUGUGGUGCCUCAAAACAUUCUUUCCUGGUAAGACCACCAGGGGUCACGGUUUUCCCAUUACAAAGUGUUAUUGGGAUCACUUAGUGUUUUGCGACUGUUUAGUUCAGUUGUUUUUGGUCACAUCGCUUAGUGUGCGGCGGCCCUAAUAAACACUUUAGUCCUUCAAAUACGCACCAGGACUGACUGCUAAAUUUGCUUUCAAUCUUUGCUUUGCAGUGUACUGGACUUGAGGAUUUACAUAUUUCAUGAAUUUUGUGGGGGAGUAACUGUGCAAACAGUGCCAAGAAGUAGUAGAAGCACUAUUACUGACUUAAAAAUUACUACCAUACGUAGAGUAUAACAAUCUGAGAGUCAUUCUCAUAGUUGGGGUCGUUUUAGUACAUUUUAAGUCCAGGUAAAGUUCAAAUAAGCAUGUCAUGUAAAUUUGACACGCCACAGUCAAGAGGUUUGUUAACAACCCUGCCAAAAUUAGACAAUUAAAGAAAUUGCUAAAUACGUAACAUGAGGCUAUAAAAUAUGGAACAUGGUUAUAUUAGUGUAGUGAAAUCAUAUUGCUGGCGUAAAGUGGAAUCCUUGUACUACAUCCAAAUCACUUUUUACGUCAUUGGUUAUAAUUUGUAUAAAUACUAAUAAUAGUAUAGAUUUGUGGGGGAAAAAUAUGACACAACAAAUUGAGAAAUAGGAGGUUUUAGCCAAAUGCCAGCGGUUUGACCAGUUUAAAUAACAAGAACUGCUUCACUGGGAAAGAUGCCUGAAGCAACCAAACUGGUACUUUGUGACUGAGUUUAUACCCAGAUUUCUUUUUUUAGUAAACUUAUGAGCAAAAAAUAUGUGCUGAGCCUCUCAAAGCUAUUUAUGCGGUCCUGUAAAUAGACUCAAUUGAUAGGUUCAACAUGUUUUUGCACGAGCAAAAUGUAAUCAUCAAAAUGUUUCUUUAUUGAUUGAAACACUGCUACAAUCAACCCAAAAUUUAUUUGUGUGUACAACUGAGUGUGUUUCUUUAAAAAAUAAAAUAAGAUUGCAGAGAUUAA